CAUCCUCCCCCUCCCCCGCUCACACUCCCACCGCCAAACCUCUGCUCCCUCCCUGGUAGGCGGAGUAGACAUCUCCGAAGCAGUGUCUCGCCUCCGUCGAGAGCACACAACUGAAAGGCUGGUCGUCUGUGCGGAGAGCGCAAGAGAGAGAGAGAGCGCUUGGAGGCUGGAGGAGUUAGGAGGGGAGGGGAGAGUUGUGAAGUGGGCAGGCAUGGUCCGCGAUUGAAGCGCUUCCACCACUACCACCACUACGAACUGCGUGGCUAUUGCUGCUUCUGCUGCUGCAGCUGCUGCUGCAUCACCGGAGACAGACACUGACGGCGCGACGGGAUUACUCUCGUUAGGGGGACCGAAUUACAUGCGCGGCAAGCCGGGCGACUGAACUGGACACGGGCAGAGCUAUGGACUACCUUUUGCUGUUCCAUUUUCUCCUCGCCGUCGUCGCACUCGAAGAAAAUCUUCUCGACACAACGUUGGAAACAGCCGAACUUGGUUGGACUGUGUAUCCCUCUACAGGGUGGGAAGAGGUGAGCGGCUUCGACGAGACCAUGAACACCAUAAGGACCUACCAGGUCUGCAAUGUGUUUGAGGCCAACCAGAACAACUGGCUGCGGACCAAAUUUAUCGAGCGCAAGGGCGCGCAGCGCGUCUAUGUGGAGAUGAAGUUCACCGUGCGGGACUGCAGCAGCAUCCCCAACGUGCCGGGCUCCUGCAAGGAGACCUUUAACCUCUACUACUACGAGACCGACGGCGACGUGGCCACCAAGACCAAGCCGUUCUGGAUGGAGAAUCCCUACAUCAAGGUGGACACCAUCGCGCCGGACGAAAGCUUCUCGCAGGUGGACCUCGGCGGCCGGAUGAUGAAGAUCAACAACGAGCUACGCAGUUUCGGGCCCCUCUCCAAGAGCGGCUUCUACCUGGCCUUCCAGGACUUCGGCGGCUGCAUGUCGCUCAUCUCCGUGCGCGUCUUCUUCCGCAAGUGCCCGCCCGUCGUGCAGAGCUUCGCCAACUUCCCCGAGACGCUCACGGGGCCCGAGAGCACGUCGCUGGUGAUCGCGCGUGGCUCGUGCAUCCCCAACGCCGAGGAGGUGAACGUGCCCAUCAAGCUGUACUGCAACGGCGACGGGGAGUGGAUGGUGCCCAUCGGCGGGUGCACGUGCAAGCCGGGCUACGAGCCCAGCGGCGGGCGCUCCACCUGCAACGCGUGCCCCCUCGGGACGUUCAAGCCGCAGCAGGGAGAACACGAGUGCCAGCAGUGUCCGCCCGGCAGCCGCAUGUCGUCCGUCGGCGGAACGAGCUGCGUGUGCCGCAACGGUCACUUCCGCGCCCCCUCGGACCCCCCGGACAUGCCCUGCACCAGCACCCCGUCGGCUCCGCGAGGCGUCAUGUCGAGCGUGAACGAGACGUCCGUGGUGCUCGAGUGGAGCGCUCCCCUGGACUCGGGCCGACGCUCGGACCUGGCCUACAACGUGCUGUGCCGCCUGUGCAGGAAGGACCGCCUGGUGUGCACGCGCUGCAACGAGGCCGUGCGCUUCGAGCCGCGCCAGCUGGGCCUGCGGCAGACACGCGUGCUCGUGAGCGAGCUCAUGGCGCACACGCCGUACACGUUCGAGGUGCAGGCCGUGAACGGCGUGUCGGAGCAGAGCCCCUACCCGCCGCAGUCGGUCGCCGUCAACAUCACCACCAACCAGGCCGCUCCCUCUUCAGUUCCCAUAAUCCACCAGGUGACUUCAAGUGUGACCAGCAUUACACUGUCCUGGCCACAACCUGAGCGGCCAAAUGGAAUCAUUCUUGACUACGAAUUACGCUACUACGAAAAGAGCCAGGAUGAGCGCAAUGCCUCGUUCAUGAGGAGUCAGACCAACACGGCCCGCGUGGACGGACUGCAGCCUGGCACCAUCUACGUGUUCCAAGUCCGCGCUCGAACGGUUUCUGGCUUUGGCCGUUACAGCGGGAAGAUGUACUUCCAGACCUUGGAAGAGGGUAGCUACCCAGAAAAGCUGAAAGAACAGCUGCCGCUCAUAGCCGGCUCUGCAGCUGCCACCAUUGUGUUCAUCGUUGCAGUGGUGGUCAUCGCCAUAGUCUACUGCAGGAAACGCAGUUACGGACGACCCGAUCCAGAGUACACAGACAAGCUGCAGCAGUAUCACACUGGCCACUCCACUCCAGGAAUGAAGAUGUACAUUGAUCCCUUCACAUAUGAAGAUCCGAAUGAAGCCAUCCGUGAAUUUGCCCGCGAGAUAGAUAUAUCCUGUGUGACGAUUGAGCAAGUCAUCGGCUCGGGCGAGUUCGGCGAGGUGUGCCGUGGCAGGCUGCGCAUGCCGGGCAAGCGGGAGAUGUACGUGGCCAUCAAGACCCUCAUUGCCUACACCGAGAAGCAGCGGCGAGACUUCCUCAGCGAGGCGAGCAUCAUGGGCCAGUUCGACCACCCCAACAUCAUCCGCCUGGAGGGGGUGGUCACCAAGAGCAGGCCCGUGAUGAUCGUCACCGAGUUCAUGGAGAACGGAUCGCUCGACUCGUUCCUUCGGCAAAACGACGGGCAGUUCACGGUGAUCCAGCUGGUGGGGAUGCUGCGCGGCAUCGCGGCCGGCAUGAAGUACCUGUCCGACAUGAACUACGUGCACCGCGACCUGGCCGCUCGCAACAUCCUGGUCAACAGCAACCUGGUGUGCAAGGUGUCCGACUUCGGGCUGUCGCGCUUCCUGGAGAACGACCCGACGGAUCCCACGUACACCAGCGGCAUGGGCGGAAAGAUCCCCAUCCGGUGGACGGCUCCUGAAGCCAUCCAGUACCGCAAGUUCACGUCGGCGAGCGACGUGUGGAGCUACGGCAUCGUCAUGUGGGAGGUGAUGUCCUACGGCGAGCGGCCCUACUGGGACAUGACCAACGAGGACGUUAUCAAUGCAGUGGAGCAAGACUACCGGCUGCCGGCACCCAUGGAUUGCCCAGCAGCCCUGCACCAGCUCAUGCUCGACUGCUGGCAGAAGAGUCGCAACGACCGACCCAAGUUCGGCCAGAUCGUGAGCACCCUGGACAAGAUGAUUCGCAAUCCUGCCAGCCUCAAGGCCAUGAGCUGCGUCACGUCCGCGGACUCCCAGCCGCUGCUGGACCGCACCAUGCCGGACUUCACCAGCUUCGCCUCGGUGGACGAGUGGCUGGAUGCCAUCAAGAUGGGUCGCUACAAGGAAAACUUCGCUAACACAGGCUUCAGCUCCUUCGACUUGGUCUCUCGCAUGACGGCAGAGGACAUCUUGAGAAUAGGUGUGACCCUGGCAGGCCACCAAAAGAAGAUCCUCAACAGCAUCCAGAUGAUGAGGGCUCAGAUGAACCAGAUUCAAGCUGUGCAGGUCUAAUGAGAGGCGGCUCCCCACCGGCAAAGCGGUGCAAUGAUGCAGAGUGAACAUUCUUCCUGCCUUGUCGUCCCCUCUUUGCCUGGACUUGCAAAAGUCACGUGUCAAAAGUUGUCAUUGCAAACGCCGACCAAGCAGAGAGAAAACAAAGACACGAGCAGUAAAAGCAAGAUGAUAACGUUGUGUUGUCGAAUGGUUAGAGUGUGAACUUGGGAAGAAGGUUUUGUUGAGCUCACGUGGUUUGUUAUAUCUAUAUUUUUUUGGUAUAAUCAUGAACUCGAUCAUUAAUUCAAUCCAAUUCGCAGUCCCCCAUCCCCUCCCUCUCGCCCCCCUGAAUAUUGUUAGUUCUGGGCCAUAAGGGGGGGGGAGAAUAAAAACAAUCAUGAAUGCGGAGUGAAGGAGUGUUGUGCACAUCUCAUCCGUGACUCUACCGUGGAUAUUUUCUAAUCUGAUGUGCAGAAUAUAAAAUUGACCUUCGUGUCGUCGAGCUCUCAAAGUAUAUUCCUUCAUCUGUGAAGAUGAGUUUGAUGGUUUCUGAUAGGCACUAGACCUUGAUGUUGAAGACUGGGAUUAAGUAUGUGCAGGGAAAGGAUCUGUUGAACUGGGAAAUUGAAUUAAAGUUUGCUUCCAGAAAGAGGCCUUGCCUUUAAUUCUUAAGUCACAGACUUUGGAAAAUGCAUCACAAGUAACAUGUUUAAUCAAAACGGCUACGCAGAUACCUUCAUAUUGAAGGUUGUGCGUGGAAGUGGGGUUUUUUUCUUGCUUUUAUUUUAUCUCUCGUGUGAAUUGCUCUUAAGUUAUAUGAAGUUUUUUUUUUCUUGAUGAUGGUGAUAUAGAUUUGACUUCUUUAUACCAAUGUACCCAACCUUGUUUUUUUUUUUUACACUUCAGAAAUGUAACUACCCCUUGGUCACAAACACACAGCAAGUAACGAUCACUCAUAAAUAAAUACACCAAAUAUAUCACUGCAGCCCUGUUAAUUUUCAUUGUGCCAUGAUCAACGCUACCUAUAAUACAAAAUGACACGAUGUAUUAUUCAACAGUAAGUUUCCAAGGAAACAUAUCAUUCAAAGGAAUUAUGAGUGGAUUUUAAAUAUAUAUAUUUUUUAAUUUCAGAUCAUUAAUCACCCUCGUGAAAUUUAAUGAUUUUUUUUUUAUAAUUGUGGCUAAUGCGUCAAAGUGGUGUGUGGCUUGGGUGUUGUUCCACGGUCUGGUUUUUAGUUUAUCGACCACUGCCGUGAAUCGCAAACGGUUGUGUGACCGCCGCUGCACGGCUUAAUUUUCCCGGCAUGCGCACGGCAAGUUUGAUCACUUUGAUCGUGUGCGUUAAUCCUCGGCUCUGAUAAUGAAUCGCGAACGAUCGCUGCCGCCGCGUGCACCAUUGAGAUGUGGAUAAUUGGCAAGAGCAGCCAUGGCAGGUGCCCCAGCAUGCUGUGUGUAGGUGGCCAAUGGCUUCUUUUUAACUAAUAAAAGCAUUUUACGUUAACGGUCGUGGAUGAUAAAAGUGCUCCCUCCUCUUUAGUCAGAAACUAACAUGUACAAACGGUAUCACUUUGGUGUACUCUGUUAAUCUCAACCCGUGUUAUGUUCAUGCCUCUGAGAGUACUGAUUGCCUGCAGGCACAGCCGUCUUCUCUGCAUGUUUAAAUUGAUUCCGGACCGUUACAGCAAAGCAGAUUUUUUUUUUAUCCGGUAAUGCCCAUGCUAAUGUUGCGAAAGAAAUCUUUGUUUUUAGCCAUGUACCACAAAGAGUUAGAAAGAUAAACAUGCCCCCUUUUAAAAUGCACUGUGAAAUGUAGAAUGAAUUGCAGCAUUCUCCAUACAUCUCUCAGUUUUGUGUGGGUUAUUCUGUGGACAUUUGGGAAGGGGUAAAAGAAAUUGGUCACUGUGGUUGGUGUACAACCGCUACGCUUGAUUGUUUUUCACGACGAAGUUGGAACACGAGUUGUUUUGUUUUUGAAUUCUUAAAUUGUUUUGUGUACACUUGAACACAUCUGCUAUUGGUCACAAGAACAAAGGGAACACAUUGAAAUGAGCUUGGAUGUCUCGAUUUAAAUCCCACUGUUUUGGCUUUAAUUGUGCAAUUCACGCUUGAUUUGUAAGUGGUUCUCACAUUAUUUUGCUCUCUUUGUGCCGUGUAUCACCACUGGUUUCAUGUGUGCUUCACGCUCACAAUUAUCUUUAUUUACCGAUGCUAUUGCUGACAACCUUGAUGUGUACCGGGCUAUGUCAGAUGCUUAAACUGUUGUUGGUAUUUUCUCACCAUGGGGGUUUUUUCGUUGCACAUUAUUUGAACUGAAAUAUUCACAAGGAUGGUCAACAUACACUAGUCACACCUGAGUUCAAUUUCAAAUGUAUAACUUUUUUUAUUGACCACGCGUUUAUUUUUUAUUUCAUGAAAAAAAAACGAUAUGCUAAUAGAAUAUGACUGCUUUAAAGAGUGAUUUCAAAAGGGGCUUUUUGGAUGAGACUUUGUUUUAAACUUUAAUAUUGCAAUAUAAAAAUGGCUUUAAAGGCUUUUUUGACAAUAAGGAGUAUAUUAUCCUCACACUGAUUAAUGCCUUUACAUUACAGACCUUGACAUUUGUGGAGCAGUUAUUGCAUUAGAUAUGAAUGGUGGCAAGCACACACGCACUCACGAAUGCAGAUCCCACGUACGUAUUAUUAUCAUCGACCACACUAUAGUGACCUAGGUUAAUUUUCACUGAAGUAAAACAUGAUACCCAUGCUGUUAAUGGAUAAAAAGGUGCACUCAAACAUUGUGAAACUCUGGCCACAUUUAACACAAAGAAUACCAUCAUCCAAAAACUGUAAAUGUUCAUUCAAUCAAAUUAAGUAUUCUUAUACGUCGCUUAUAUAUUUUUAUAAUUAGUUAAUGACACAAUUAGCAUAGGGAGUUGUUUGGGAAGUUGAGGCUGCCUUCAAAAAUACGGGGUCUAAUUUGAUUUUGUAAUUGUGCAAUUGGCACCCAAGUUUCACCCCUAUGUGGGUCUCAUGAUGCCCUAACGGUGUCAUUCUUUUAUGAAUGAGUUUUUAAGGAAACAGAUCUUAUAUUAGAUAUUGCAGAACUGCCAAAUUAAAUAUUUAAAUCAACGAUAUGUAGACUUACAUUUUUAAGACACUGCAGUUUCUAACACUAAUCAGGACAUAACAGGAAAAGACCUGUUAUCUGCCACCCUAUUAUCCAUGACUCCUAUUAUCCGUGGCAGGCAGUGGGUCUGGAAAAAAAAACGAUUAUCUGUAACACUGUUCUUCAUAUUCACUGAAUACAACAAAAUGGUUAAGUGAAGUCAAAUCUCGGAUAAUUGGAUAUGCAAAAUUGGUCCCCCACAUCACGGAUAAGAGGAGUCCCUCUUUAAAUGCAAAUUUCCAUUUAUAAUGAAAAAAAAAACACUUCACAUGAUGAUAUUAUAUAUGAUAGAAUACUAGGCAAGUCGAUUCUUAUUUCUUUUCAAUUAUUAUCAUAAUUGUUGAGUGUGACAUUUGGCAGUAGUAGAAGUUGCAGGCUUGGUAGGACUGUGGCCUUGAAAGGACUGCGUGUGAUUUAUUUAGCACUAAAAACCUUAGCAAUAGCCAUUUAUCAAGGAUUUCUGAAGGAGCAUAUUAAACAAAUAGCGGAAAGAAUAGUCGUUUCAUUGCCCAGAUUUUCCUCUUUGGUUCUAAAGUAUUCACUUUUCCCUGAAAAGUUCAUUUAUAAUAGAUUUUGCUUAUUUCACACAGUUAAACUUCGCUAUCAUUAAGUAUACAUACUUGGGCUUGUUUUGGCAAGUCGAUUCGAGCAUGUUUUAUAGAAACACUCACGUGUAUAUAAUUUUCGUUGACUGAUGUGUAUUUUAAAAAUGACUUUCUUUUUAUCAAAGUUGGAAAAAAUUUACUGCAUGCCACUUUUGAGAUUAAAAUGCUGACAACACUUUGAAAAUAACUGCUCCUACAAAUUAGUCUUCGGAGAGAGUUUGAUUAUUUACCAGUUAAUUCGCAACAUCCAACACUGACGGUUAUUAUUGGACUGCGAUUUCUUCAUUCAAUGCUUUUCAAUUCAAAGCAUUCUGCUGUAGCUUAUGUAGAUAUAAAGCAUUUUUUUUACAUACUAGUAGAAAGUUCGAUGGAGACUUUAACAUGUUUCAAGAAUUUAUGUACAUUUUGUAUUUAAGAGGUUUUGUUUUCCUUUUUUCUUCUUCUUUUCAUCGUUUUGUAUAAGUAAUAGCAAAUUGAUGAAUUGUACAUACAAGUGAGUUGCAGGCUAUUGGAGGCAGACAAGUUAAGAUGUUUCGACUUUUAUUGUCUUCCGAUUGUUGUACCCUGCCAUUUCUUUGCACAGUUUUCCGAAUUGUCGUUUGCAAUUUGUAUUUAUAAAUACUGAAAGUAUUCUUGGAAACUGUAGAAAUAAUGUCGAAUACCUUUUUACAAAUAAACAAAACAAAAA